AUGAGUUUCCUAUUUGUGGCUGGAUCACUCUUUCUUUUUACCACCAUUGAAUUGAGUGUUGCGGGCGAGGGCUCCACUCCGAAAAUCAAAGAAAUUGUACUAGGAAGAUGCUACGAGUAUCAAUUGAAUACUAUUGGUCCUGAAGCAGAUAACUGGAAAGACUGUAAUGAGAUCUGGGAGGCCUUUCAUCAAGCCUUUGCUUAUAAGAAUCCGUGUACCCUAGCAUUCGAUGAUUACCAGCCGUUCUUUGAUGCAACUGGAAUGCAAGAACUUACAAAGGUUAGAAAAACUGACAAGUGUCUUGCUGAAGAAGGGUGGAGCUUCCUUCAGAUAAUGUAUUUUAUUACAGGGGAGUGUAAAUUAAACAAACGUCAUUUCAUUCAAAUCCCUGAUUGUGAUACAAUGUUUUGAGUUAGAAAUAUUUGUUAUUUCGGAAACUUUAGAAACAAUCUAAUCAGUUCAGGUACGUUUACACACGGUUUCUAACUGUAUACGGCAAUAAUAGCUUCGAAACUGGUAAAGUACAAAUAAGAUCUUAGAGUGCGCAAGCAGUAUACGGAAUGGCGAACAACGAGUGACGUAAUUAUAUAAAUGCAAACUGUGAAAAAAAACAUAGCACCAGGAGCCGGCUCCUGAUAAUACCUAAGGGGACACAACGAACUACAUGAAAAACGUAAACCGUACUGAUGAUAAUAAGAAAGGCUGAUAAUUAACAAUUAUUGAAUGGUGCGGUCUAGGAGGGUGUUAUCGAGGUAAACAAACCUUGAAUCUAAAUAAGGUCAAUCCCAUUCUCGUUUUCACCUGAAACUGUAAAAUGGGCUUUAUUAGCCGAUUAUUAAGCCAAUCAGAAACGGUGGGGAAAGAUUUUUUAAUUAAUAAUAUUGAAAGUUACAGAAAAAGUAUUUUGCAUUCAAAGGAGUAGGGUAAGUACCGGAGUAAUGAAAACUUUCCCUGCAAUGUUUGUGUGCAAAUAGCACCAGUAUAAGAGAACACUUGGCCCAGAAAUAGGAAAAAACUUGUCCAUUUUCUGAUCAUGACUGGUAUAGCGAACCACUUAUAAUCGGUUUGAGCAAUAUAUUUCUCAAAUACACAGCCAUAUUCGAAAAAUCCUCAACUCAUUGUCAAGUGUCAGUCUUCUUACAGCCGCACUGGUGCGAUGAUGUUGAGUCAUCUGCAUACUAGUUGAAAACGGGAGGGAGUUGCCUCUGGUUUAAUUUUAUUCAGAGAGAAUAUUAGAGGGCUCUACCUAACGUUACCCCUAACUUACCGCCUUUCUACUCGUUCAAAUAAUUCCAUAGUUAUAGUACAUACGAUUGAGGGGUUAAAAGCACAGCCAAGUAGUGAGUAAACCAGCUAACUUUAAGGUCUAAUAAGCCAUAGUGGUAACGUCUUGCAUGGUAGCAUAUGUGGGACACAGUCAUAAGAAAACCACCCUGGCUAUGUGACGUGGUUUUCACUUGAAAUCAUGCCUUUUUUCUAUGUUGAGGCCGCAUCUUCUUUCCGAAGAAGAUCAGCCUCAAAAUAUAUCCUUGCCUUUUCUUCAGAGUUUGUUCUGGUCUGGUACAUACAAAGUUGCGCAUGUCUAUUCUGAUUCUGGUGAUCGAUAUACAACUCUAGAAGAUACCUUGGCCGGGUAAGAAUCAGCUUCAUGUUUAAAACAUAACAUUGCAGACGGCUUUAGGAGUUUUUAGAUUGUUAACAGUCCCCUAUUUUUCCGUAAGAUCGUCGAGAUCGAGGGCUUGGCAUUGUUCUCUUGCCCGCCCCCUCGGUACAUGCAUAUGGAACCAAGAUGAACGCUCGUACCGGUAACCACUCGCUCCUUACGAUCUUAAGAAACAACAGGGGACUGUGCAGGGGCGGAUCCAGGGUUUUUUUAGGAGGGGGUGCACUCGUCUCUUGCUCUACUUCNUGGCUAUGUGACGUGGUUUUCACUUGAAAUCAUGCCUUUUUUCUAUGUUGAGGCCGCAUCUUCUUUCCGAAGAAGAUCAGCCUCAAAAUAUAUCCUUGCCUUUUCUUCAGAGUUUGUUCUGGUCUGGUACAUACAAAGUUGCGCAUGUCUAUUCUGAUUCUGGUGAUCGAUAUACAACUCUAGAAGAUACCUUGGCCGGGUAAGAAUCAGCUUCAUGUUUAAAACAUAACAUUGCAGACGGCUUUAGGAGUUUUUAGAUUGUUAACAGUCCCCUAUUUUUCCGUAAGAUCGUCGAGAUCGAGGGCUUGGCAUUGUUCUCUUGCCCGCCCCCUCGGUACAUGCAUAUGAAACCAAGAUGAACGCUCGUACCGGUAACCACUCGCUCCUUACGAUCUUAAGAAACAACAGGGGACUGUGCAGGGGCGGAUCCAGGGUUUUUUUAGGAGGGGGUGCACUCGUCUCUUGCUCUACUUCAACACUAAUAAACCACUUUUUUUUUUUUCGCAGAAUACCAGUUGUUUAGAAAACAGCAGGUCAUCUCGGGGGGGGGGGUGCGCACCCCCUGUACCCUCCCCCUAGAUCCGCCCAUGCUGUGAACAGUCUAAACAGUAGUUUUAGGAGCGCUUACAGUUGGUUAUAACUGGAAGGCCAGACCACGGUCCAGUCGAAAAGAGAAUUUCACUACUAAAUCGGGUCUGUCCCCGCCAGAUCAGUCUAUUCCUAAUAGCAUACACGGCAGUGAUAGGUUUUUAGCCAAAACUCUAAAGGAAACCCUGACCUACUUUACUUUCAAUGAUCGACUUCUAAAAAAGUGCAGGCCUGAGUUCACACAUUCUUCGUUAAGUUAGUUAUAGUAUUUACAGCUUUAAUGUUAGUGGGGCCGAGCGAAUGCCUGAGAUAAAUAAUUUAAAUCAAACUUAACAGAGUUAAGCGAAUCCCAACUGGCCGGAGAUCCUCUGGCAAACCAGCCGGCUCAGUAUUUACAAACGUGGUCGAGGAUUCAAACUCGGGACUACCAAAUUCAGUAGCGGUCAGGGCGGGACUUAAACUGGGGACCUCUGAGUUACAAGUCCAGCGUUCUUACCACUCGGCCACGCCACCUCCUUACCAGCCUUACUCUUCGCUGUCCACGUUAGCUGGCCCACACCAGUGACUGACAGGAAACUGUUGGUCUCCUAACUUUCAUCGGGGGCUCAAGAUGGAUGAUCCAAUAAAACAGAAUACGUAACUGAUUAUUACCAUUUCUUCAUUUGUGUAUAAGAUUACUAUAGCCUAUGGCAGGCUCAACCAUUCAUUUCAAUACUUAGAGAUCUAUUGAGCCCCCUCUGACUGCCUCACGAUCAGUUCAUCUAAGAGAGUUGGUCACAAGACACUGUCAGACCAACUCAUCCUCUACGUGAGUUUGUUACAUUGUAGGUAGGCAAGAGUUUCGUAAUAAUAAUUACCAAUUAUGUACGUUUUACGUCUAAAACCCCUUGCAGGUAUCUGGUGAAUGGACUGACUUGGUGUGGAAAUGAAAACCUGUCUCCUUCAGACUCCGAUGGGAUUGACUACGAUUCCUGUCCAGAUUGGAGUGAAUGUGAUUAUACGACACCUUUCUGGGGCCUCGCGUCAACGACGGUAAAGUAUCGUCAUGUACUUUUCUCUCUCAAACUUUUCUCGUAUUUUUCUCUCAAACUUUUAAAGUUAUCGUUUCCUUAACUCUGUGUUUAAUAGCAAUAAUAUCUAUUAAUUUGUUCUUCUGUCCCGCCAAGAUUAGCAGUUGCUACCUGCGGGUCAGUGUAAUUACUUAAGUUAAUACUUGAAAUAAAGUUUUGUUGUUGUUGUCAUCGUACAAGUUUUAACGAGGUUUAUAAGCUCCUCUAGGUGCUACAUAGACACGCAAUGAUACUUUAAGUUUAUAGACAGCCGCGGGCCAAGUCAUUUAAUUAAUAACUUAUACAAACUAAAUUUUUACAUUUGUUUUUUAAAGUUUGCAAGACACGCUCGAGGAAUUGCUAGAGUAAUGCUGAAUGGUUCCAGGGUCGAUUCAAAUGGAAAGCCUGUUCCUUACAGAGAGGAUAGGUAAUCGUACCUGCGGCCAAGUAGUUCUUACAAAUCAUGUAGUUGACUAAGACGGGGCCACAGAACUAGAAGGGAAAGGCGCUCGCGGGUAGGGAAAUUUUUCCACAUAUUUGAGUCCACAUAUUUGAUUCAUCUUCCGAAAAAUCACAAUAGUUAAAAAUUACUGCGAGGCUCAAAAUUCUCAACCUUAAAAUAAUAGCCAAGGUCAUAAAAUUGAAACACCUUUGGGGACAAAUGACAUCGAAACGUUUUAUGGGCACUCAACGAAAAUAUAGUUCAAAACCACUUAAACAUGGCAUUGUUAAACGUAUUUUAGUAUUUAAACGUUAGAUAUGGGCAUAUUUUUUUUUCCCUAAAAAUUUUUCAUCUGUUCGGAUUUCCUUGCUGAAAGACUAGUUAUCCGAAAAUUAUAAGGAUCAAAAUUUACCUUUUCGAAAAUUUCAGCCCGAAAAAAGACUCCCGAAAAUUCUAGAUGACCUUUUUAGGGUAAAAAUCCGUUAAAAAUUGGCAAUUAUACCAUUUUUCAGAUGCUCGAAAAUCCUAGGAGAGGCAGGCAAGAAAGAAAUUUUACAACAAAUGUUCCGAAAAUUCUAGAUCUCAAAUCGUCUUCCGAACAGUAUUUUCCAAAAAUUGACGUUGGGUGCCCCUGUUUUUAUAAACCUCCUCUGAAUAUAAUCCAGUCGAACUGGCCUUAAAAAAAACCAAGAGGCUGUAGAGGAAUUGGUUGGGUUUUUUCGGUCCAAAUCUUUCCAAUUUCCUUCCUUUAUUACUUUUACCAAGAGAGGACUUAAAUGAUUACAUACUUUAUUAUGAACAGAACACAAUAAGCCAGAUAAUUACGUUAUCUAUAAUAUUAAUAAUAUAAUAAGGAAUUUCGUUUUUUUUAUUUUGUAGCUUCUUUGCCAAAUACGAGCUGCCAAAUCUUCAAGUGGACAAAGUUUAUGAACUCAGGUUCGUAGUGGUUCACACAAACGGCCCUACACGGUGAGAAACAGUAAGAAAAUAUGUACGGGAAAAAUCGGCCCACAUAAAAACGGCAACAACAAAAAAAAAAAAAAAAACGCGUCUUUUAACAGCAGCAGCAAAAUAAGAAAAAAAAGGAAAAAAAAAAAAAAAAAAAAAAAAAAAAAAAAAAAAACAACUAAUUAAUCUUACAUGAAAAACAAAAUAAAUGUUUUUUCUUAUUGAUACACAGAAUAUANUCCUUAAGGAAAAACUGCAGAAGAGAAGAAAUCAGAAAUGAAAAACAAAAAAAAUUACGUUACCGACAACUUUUUUGUCUAAAGUAAAUCAAGUUAUUAUACCUUUUACUUGGUUUCAAGAGAGAAUUCUCUCUUGGUGGUUGCAAUUGUCUGUUUUUGGACAAUAUUUUUUUUAUGGAUGAAAUAGAGCUAUAGGCCACGCCUACUCCAGUCUUUGAUUUAAUUCCUCGGGGGAAUCACUCAAAUUUUCUGACAAGCAUCUCUGGCGUCUUUCAAUGGAGGCAGCACCCGCCUCCUUCUAACGAAAGCUAUGCUUUAUUCUGGCAGAAUAAUUUAUAAUCAUUUAUGGUAUUUUUUUAAAUUCUCAUUUCAGAACUGAAUUAUGCUACUUUUACCAGGUCAAGAUUACGUUGUUACUCAUUUUGCAACAUGCCAUAUCAUGAUAUAAAUUUGAUUUUUUUACAGUUUACGCAAAGGUUGUUACACUGCCUCUAUUAGAAUGCUUAAAAAACACGCAAGAAAUAGAGGACUUAAAGUAACCUGCAACGACGACCCAAAGUACGUGGUAUCUCAGCUUGAUAUUAAUCUCUAGUUCUCAAAGCUAUCAUCUCACCAGGAGCCUUUAAACCCAGAGCAAGCAACUUCCAUAUACUUGUGUUUUUUCUGCCUGGUUUAUUUUUAGAACGGUUUUGGCGCGAACUUAGAACGUCCAAUCCUCUAUAUUUUAAGUCGCACGAACCAGUCAGCACAAAAUUGGAGCUUUUAUUUAUUAUUAUAUCAUGACUUAAGUUUUCCUUUUUCAUUCGUCGUAUGUGUUCAUUCACGGAGUAGGGCUUCUAUUUUCAGAAAAAGUACUCUACAAGGUAUCUAAAAAUAUACCGGUUUGUUAAAAUUCCGUGACAUAUACCUAGUAUGGGAUUUGCUCCCUCGGGGGGUUAUGGGCUCCUGUCUCAUAAGACCUGGGUCAUAGUAGGAGCUCAUAACCUAUGGGCUCCUGGUCUGUAUAGAGAAUAA